AUGGGCCAAGGACACUCGCACCCGCGGCCGGGCACCAAGUUCCGCGUCAUCGGUGCUGGCAUGUCCCGAACCGGCACAAAGACCUUUGCACAAGCCCUGGCGACGCUCAUCGGGCCCGUCCACGACGGCGGCGCCGAGGGGCUCGUCGGGUCCGCCGAGGUGAGGAAGCGGUGGCUCGAGGUCAUGCGGCUGGCGAUCAAGAAGGAUAAAACGCUUCCCGAGAAAAAGCGGCUGGAGUGGCUGCUGGCCGAGCUGAUGGAGGGAUAUUCCGCGUGUUUUUUUCCGCUUCACAUCAGCGGUAAAGCCGGAAUGGGACCAUUCAGAAGACUAAAGAUCUACACUAUUUUGCAAUUCAACAGUCAUCGCAACGACCCGAGACACCGAGUCCUGGUGGAAGAGCGCGCAGACGGUAUCGAGCCUCGUCGACUGGCCGUGGCUACCCUUCUUCGCCUGGCCGCUGCCCGUGCUGAAUUCGUUCGUCAACUUCUCGGUCUGCUACCUACCUCGGGUGUGGGAAUCGGGAUCUUGCUGACCAGUUUCGGACAAAAGAUGGGGCCCGCUCGUCGAGAAGACGUGCGUCUCUCGCCUGGGGGUCAAGGGCUUUCAGGGCCCCGAGGUGCUCGAGACGCACGAGGCGUUUCUGCGCCGGGUCGUGCCGCCGGAGCGGCUCUUGUUCUACCGGGUCCGCGACGGCUGGGGCCCGCUGUGCGAGAUGCUCAAGCUGCCGGUGCCUGCGCAGCCGUUCCCGCACAACAACAAGCCCGAGGAUGUCAAGAUGGCCGGCCGGCUCGUGAUCAGGGCCGGGUCGGUGGCGUAUGGCAUCCUCCUCGGCGGUGUGUUGACUUGCGCCUGGGGUGCGUGGAGGCUCGGUUUGACGGUGUUGAGCAAGAUUGGGGAUGGAGAACUGCAAGCUUGGUGGAGAAUGCUUUUGUAGAUGCAGUAAGCCAUGAAUGA